CUCGUUCAGGCUGGAUUCCCAGAAACACUGGGUCAGUGAAGGGGGUGGGGAUGGCCCUAGAUAAACAGACCAAAGGUGAAUGGGACCUAGAGGCCUUUGAGAGAGCUCCAGCUCGGAGAAGGGCCUAAGAGAAGGGGACAUGGGCUUACUGAGGCUGAGUCUCUUGCUGGCAAUGGUGUUGCAACAAGUGGGCUGUGGCUCAUGGCCGGAGCCCCUGUUUGGACGCCUCACUUCGCCUGGAUUCCCCAAAGUGUACCCCAACAAUGAGGAGCAGAGCUGGAACUUGAUAGCUCCCCCUGGCUACCGGAUCCGUCUGUACUUCACCCACUUCAACCUGGAGCUGUCCUAUCUCUGCGAAUAUGACUUUGUGAAGCUCUACUCCGGGGACAAGCUGCUGGCCACGCUGUGUGGGCAGGAGAGCACGGACACGGAGCAGGCGCCCGGCAACCACACGUUCCACUCGGCGGGCAGCAACCUACGCGUCGCCUUCCGCUCCGACUUUUCCAACGAGAAAGAUUUUACUGGCUUUGAGGCCUUCUAUGCUGCGGAGGACAUUGAUGAGUGCGAGGUGCCGCCCGGAGCGGACCCCAUCUGUGACCACCACUGCCACAAUCACCUGGGGGGCUUCUACUGCUCCUGCCGAGCGGGCUUCAGACUCCACAAAGACAAACGGACUUGUUCAGCCCUGUGCUCAGGUCAGGUCUUCACUGAGAGAUCUGGAGUGAUUAUGAGCCCUGACUACCCCCAGGCCUAUCCCAAACUCUCCAGCUGCAACUAUAGAAUCCAGGUAGAAGAUGGAUUCAGUGUUAUCCUGGAGUUUGAGGACUCCUUUGAUGUGGAAACUCACCCAGAGUCUCUGUGCCCCUAUGACAUCCUUAAGAUUAAAACAGACAAAGAGGAAUAUGGCCCAUUCUGUGGACAGACUUCACCCCCCAAAAUUAAUACCAGAAGCCACAUUGUGGAUAUCAUCUUCAUCACAGAUGACUCAGGCGAUCACACUGGGUGGAAAAUCCGGUACCUGACCACAGCUCUGCCGUGCCCUAAUCCAAUAGCGCCACCUCAUGGCCAAAUCACGCCAGUGCAACCAAAAUACAUCCUGAAGGACCACUUCUCUCUCGCGUGCGAGACUGGCUACGUCCUUUCCGAAGAUGAAAGGAUUUUGGAGUCUUUUACUUCAGUCUGUCAGAAAGGUGGAACCUGGGACCAUGCAAUGCCAAAAUGCAUCAUUGUUGACUGUGGCCCUCCCGAUGAUCUACGCAAGGGCCGAGUCACAUACAUCACAGGCGGUGAAGUGACCACGUAUGGAGCCAUGAUUCAAUACAGCUGCGCGGGCCCCUUCUACGCCAUGAAGAUGAAUAACGAUGGUAAAUAUCGGUGUGGGGCUGAUGGCUUCUGGAAGAGCUCCAAGGGAGAGAAUUCGCUCCCCGUCUGUGAGCCUGUUUGUGGCCUGAUGUCCCAGAGACUGGUGCGAGUAUUUGGAGGGAGAAAGGCCACGGUGGGCCAGUUUCCCUGGCAAGUCAUGUUGACAGGGGAGAGUCUGGCCGGAGGUGCCCUUUUAUAUGACAACUGGGUCCUUACAGCCGCGCAUGCAAUACACGCCCAAGAUGAUCUCUCAACUUUGCAGAUCAGAAUGGGUGUUCUGAACAGACUCUCGUCUCAUUACACUGAAGCCUGGGCAGAUGCAGUCUUUAUACACGAGGGUUACACACAUGACGAGGCCAACUUUAACAAUGAUAUUGCACUGAUUAAGUUGAAGAAUCACGUGGAAAUCAACAGUAAUGUCACGCCAAUUUGUUUGCCAAGAAAAAAUGGAUCCCACGUGAACACCAACGAUUUGGGAACUGUGUCUGGCUGGGGUAGGACUGAAAGAAAUCUUCGUGCUCGACAUCUAAUGUAUGUUGAAUUACCAGUUGUUGACCAGCAAACAUGCCGAGCUGCAUUUGAAAACAAGUCCUCAGGAGGUAAACCUCUUGUACUGACAGACAACAUGAUAUGUGCUGGUUUUCCAAGUGGGGGAAAGGAUGCCUGUACCGGUGACAGUGGGGGGCCCUUAGCGUUUCUAGACCCAGAGACCAAAACAUGGUUCGUAGGAGGGAUUGUGUCUUGGGGGGUGGGAUGUGGUGAGGCAAAUCAGUAUGGAGUCUAUACCAAUGUCAUUAACUAUAUUCCCUGGAUUGAGAACAUCAUUUUGAAUAAUUCUUAAAAUUCCAAUAACUUCUCCCUUAAUAGAAAGGGUUAAAAAUAAACCUUUACUUAAGAGCA